CCUCCUGCAGGUUGUUGUCACAAUGUUCAAUUAUCAACAAUUUCGGCACAUCGGGGCACCUGGAUGGCAGCUUGGGUGGACAUGGGCAAAAAAGGAGGUUAUAUGGUCAAUGGUUGGGGCUCAGACCACUGAACAGGGUGACUGCUCAAAGUUCAAGGGCAACACCCCCCAUUGCUGCAAGAAAGAUCCAACAAUUGUUGAUUUACUUCCAGGCACUCCAUACAACAUGCAAAUUGCAAAUUGCUGCAAGGCAGGAGUUAUAAAUACCUUUAACCAGGACCCAGCAAAUGUUGCUUCCUCCUUCCAGAUCAGUUUUGGUCUUGCUGGAACUACCAAUAAAACUGUUAAGGUGCCGAAGAACUUCACUCUUAAGACUCCAGGCCCUGGGUACACAUGUGGGCGUGCUAUUGUUGGCAGGCCAACGAAGUUUUUAUCUACGGAUGGGCGAAGGGUAACCCAAGCUCUAAUGACAUGGAAUGUGACCUGCACAUAUUCCCAAUUUCUUGCUCAGAAGACUCUGUCCUGCUGUGUAUCUCUCUCAUCAUUUUAUAAUGACACAAUUGUGAACUGCCCGACAUGCUCAUGUGGCUGCCAGAACCCAAGUGGGUCAAACUGUGUGAACGAGGAUUCACCUAAUCUACAAUCCGCAAUUGAUGGUCCUCUUUUACCAGGCGAGCAAUUGUUGAUAAUGUAGAAGGCUGCUGAAUGUAUUUGUUCCUUUCCAUAAGGAACCCACAUACAUUGUUUUUUUAAACCAAAAUGACAUAUAUUAGUCAUGUAAAAUUACAAUUGCCUUAGAUUCUGUCAGUUUCUCCUUU